ACACCGGCCUCUUGCCUCCGCCUUUGUACUUUUUAAUGGGGGUCCUUCCCUUGGGCUGCUCUGACCUAAUUUUCAAAAACAACAACAGUUGAGAGCAAUGCCUUGUGAUGGUCUAAUCCCAAGCCGGUGACCCUUCAAAGCUCCUCUGCCUGGAAUUUCCUUCCUUGCGCCACUCUGGACCCAUUUGCUGGCUGAGCCGGUCGGUCUCUUUGCGGACAAGAUCUUCAGGGGAGCACGCUGCACUUACUGGACCUCUUUUUGGCCUUAUCCGGUGUGUGGAUCGAAUCAGCCAUGACUUCGGUGCCUGGCACUUUCAGGGUUGUCUCUGAGGAGGAGCAAGCCUUGCGUUUGAAACUCGAGCGGUUGACCACCAAGGACCACGGCCCAGUCUUUGGGAAAUGCAAGAGCAUCCCAGCACAUACCUUGCAAAAGGCCAAAGAUGAACUGAACGAGACACCAGAGAAGAAGGAAUCUGCUCUGAAAGAGCUGCAAGACCUGAUCCGAGAAAGAGCUGAGGGAGGAGACGAUAUCUGCAAAGCAGUGGCCGAGAAAGUGAAGGAAAAAGACAGUGCGUUCUUGCUGUGCUUCAUCCGGGCCCGCAAAUUUGAUGUCAGCAGGGCUUACGACCUGCUUAAAGGCUACGUCAACUUCCGCCAGCAGUAUCCGGAGCUUUUUGAGAACCUGACGCCAGAGGCUGUGCGCAGUACCAUCGAGGCGGGCUACCCAGGCAUUCUGUCCAACAGGGAUAAGUACGGGCGGAUCGUGCUGCUCUUCAACAUCGAGAACUGGGACUACGAAGAGAUCACCUUUGACGAGAUUCUCCGUGCCUACUGUGUCAUCCUGGAGAGGCUGCUGGUGAAUGAGGAGACUCAAAUCAACGGUUUCUGCAUUGUUGAGAACUUCAAGGGCUUCACCGUUCAGCAGGCUUCUGGCAUCAAACCUUCAGAACUGAAGAAGAUGGUGGACAUGCUGCAGGAUUCCUUCCCAGCCCGUUUCAAAGCCGUCUAUUUCAUCCACCAGCCUUGGUAUUUCACGACAACCUACAACGUGGUCAAACCUUUCCUGAAGAACAAGCUGCUGGAAAGGGUCUUUGUGCCACGGGUGACGGGCAUUCCAAUCUCUUUCUACCAAAGAGAUUCGAUCCUGGAGUAUGUCUCACAGCAGGAUUUUUUGGGGGGGCAACCUGCCCAAAUACGAUGGCAAAGACACAGCUGAGAAACUUUUUGGGCCCCGGCUGGACGGCGAAGACACAGCUCUCUGAGUUUGAAAAAACAGCCUCCUAGUCUACAAAAUGGAGCCAGUGGUGGCCACUGAACCCGUAGUGUUGCUUAAAAAGUUCCAUCAUGAUAAUAAAACUCCCGGAUGUUCAUCUUCUCACAUUUCUUGACUCUUCUGCCACCAGCGAACUCUGCAGUUUCAAAACUUCGAAGGAAACUUCUCUCCUUUUUUUCCACCUGUCCUCUGUCACUGGAAACCAGAAAAGCUAGUGAGAAAUGUCUGUGGUGGGAAAGCCAAGAGCAAAAAAGAGGCGGAACUGUUGGUGGUUUGUCUGCCUUGAAUCGAAGUGCCUAGGUAGUUCAGGAGCUAAGAAAUGCCUUUCCCCCUUACAUUUACUGGUAUGUCUAAUGAAUAAGGGCAAGCAGGAAAACAUAGCAGCUACAGUUACGUGUUUGAGAGUCGCAGGAGCGAUUGUGCAGAAAGGAAGGAAGGGGGAAAUGAAGAGACCCCACGGAAGGACCAAAGUGUGCCCUUCAACGGCAGGGGCCGUCCAGUUCACUGCAAGAACAUCCAGCAAAGAGCUGUUUCAGUUUUAAAACAAAAUAAACACAGGCAAAUGA